CUGUCAUCAAGCCCGAAAGCGACCAAACUUCCCUUGUCCGACACUUUGACACUUCUUCCCUCCCACGCCACCCAAAAACCAACACAACACAACAACUUUCUUCUUGUCCUACGUCCAGCCCCACACAACGUCGCUGUUUGGCCAACCACGCCCCCUUUUGCACCCGAGACCCCGACGUUAAAGAGAAAGAGACAGCCCUCGCAUCGCAUCGCAUCGCCCGGCCAAGAUGUGGAUUAUCAACUGGUUCUACGACGUCCUCUCGUCGCUCGGCCUGCUCAACAAGCACGCCAAGCUGCUGUUCCUCGGUCUCGACAACGCCGGAAAGACGACGCUGCUGCACAUGCUCAAGAACGACCGUGUUGCCAUCCUCCAGCCUACGCUCCACCCAACUUCUGAGGAACUCGCGAUCGGCAAUGUGAGGUUUACGACUUUUGACCUGGGAGGUCACCAGCAAGCACGCCGCCUGUGGAGGGACUACUUCCCCGAGGUGAACGGGAUCGUGUUCCUGGUGGACGCCAAGGACCACGAGCGGUUCGUGGAGGCCAAGGCGGAGCUGGACGCGCUGCUGCAGAUGGAGGAGCUGGCCAAGGUGCCGUUCGUGAUCCUGGGCAACAAGAUCGACCACCCGGACGCCGUGUCCGAGGACGAGCUGCGCCACCAGCUGGGCAUGUACCAGACCACGGGCAAGGGCAAGGUCCCGCUCGAGGGCAUCCGGCCCGUCGAGGUGUUCAUGUGCUCCGUCGUCAUGCGCCAGGGCUACGGCGAGGGCAUCCGGUGGCUGAGCCAGUACGUCUAAGCGGGCGGGCGGGCGGGGGUGCUGCUUUUGUGUGAGAGAGAGGAGGUGGCAGUCUUCUUGUUGUUGUUGCCUGUCUGGUCUGGUCUGGUCGGCCGGGUUUAUCCCCCCCUCUCCCUCCACCCAGGCUUUGUGGUGCGCAAGAUAGAGCAGGCGAAAAAGGAGUUGCAGGCUGUGCGGCUGUGACGGAAAAAACAAACAAAAAACGCACAGCUUCACGGACACACACACACACACAGACACGCCUAUCAUGACAUGACUUAGAUGGUCUCGUUCCUCUCUCUCUCUGUCCAUUGCUUGGGCAAUCCAUCUCCUCACUGCGGCCAAGAUAAUGACGGAACGAAGGCAGACCGGACCGGAGGACGGCAAGAGAAAACAAAACAAAAAGAGAGAUACAUACAAAGGUAGUUUUGUGGAAGACGGUGUGUGUGCUGUUGGAUGGAUGGAUCGGCGACUUAUGUGUUGUUUUUUCCUAUACAUGUUCUGUGAAGAGGGAGAAACUACUGCCGGCCGCAUGGCGUUACAUGCUUAAUAUCUUUUUUUUUUCAUAAUCGGAAUGGAUUUACUACUAGAA